AUUGUACCUAUAAAACGUAGACUCCCUCCACCAUCUCUCCCACAACAUAUAAUCAGAAGCUAGAGAGAGAGAGAGAGAGAACAUUUCCAUACACAAAAACCAACACAAUGCAAAAGAGUUCAUCAUCUUCAUCUUUCGGGCCAGGAGGCCUAGACAUAGCCCAAUCCUUCUUCAAACCAACCCAAAAAACCGCCCCGCCUACCACCCCAAUCAAACCCACCAAGAUCUCCAUCGUCGGAGCCGGCAACGUCGGCAUGGCCAUAGCCCAGACCAUCCUCACCCAAAACCUCGCCGACGAGCUCGCCCUCGUCGACGCCUACCCCGACAAGCCUCGCGGCGAGAUGCUCGACCUCCAGCACGCCGCCGCCUUCCUCCCCCGCACCACCAUCCUUGCCUCCGACGACUACGCCGUCACCACCGCCUCCGACCUCUGCAUAGUCACCGCCGGCGCCAGGCAGAACCCCGGCGAGUCCAGGAUGAGCCUGCUGCACAGGAACCUGGCUCUGUUCGAGAAAAUCAUACCGCCGCUCGUGAAGUACUCGCCCGACACGGUUCUGCUGAUCGUGUCCAACCCCGUCGAUGUCUUGACUUGCGUUGCGUGGAAGCUUUCGGGGUUCCCUUCGAAUCGGGUUAUUGGGUCGGGCACGAAUCUGGAUUCUUCCCGGUUUCGGUUCUUGAUCGCGGAUCACCUUGACGUCAAUGCUCAGGAUGUCCAGGCUUUUAUUGUUGGGGAACACGGCGAUAGCUCGGUGGCACUGUGGUCAAGCAUCAGCGUCGGAGGAGUGCCCGUACUGAGUUUCCUAGACAGGCAACAAAUCGCGUACGAGAAGGAAACAUUGCAGAAGAUUCACAAAGAAGUGGUGGAGAGUGCAUACGAAGUGAUAAGCCUCAAAGGUUACACAUCAUGGGCGAUCGGGUACUCGGUGGCUAGCCUGGCUCGAGCCAUACUGAGGGAUCAGAGGAGCAUCCACCCUGUCUCGGUCCUCGCAAAUGGGUUUUACGGUAUAGGUAUAGGUACCGGUGGUAACGUGUUUCUGAGCUUGCCGGCGCGGCUCGGUCGGAGCGGGGUCAUGGGUGUGGCUAAUGUGCAUUUGACUGAUGAGGAGGAGAAGAAGGUGAAAGACUCGGCUAAGACCAUUUUGGAGGUGCAAAGCCAGUUGGGUAUUUGAGAGUUUAUCAUGUUCUAGGGGUCACCCUUGUAUGUUAUGUUAACCCUGUUUUGAAUAUCGGAUAUUAAUAUUGGUUGUUGUAUUUGUUUUUUAGAAUUGGUCCUUAUCCUUGUUUUUUUUUUUUGAUCAGGUCCUUAUCCUUGUUUGAUUAGGCGGUAUUUUGACUGGUAAAUUUCAGUUUGAAGGAUUAAAGUGAGAAUUUGUAAGCCUCGAAUAUUUGGGAAAUAAUAAUAACACAACAACGACCAUAUGUAUAUAUUGGUA